GAAACUGUACACAACAAUCUUCCCCUACCUUCCUCUAACUUUCUGGGCAGGGCAGGUGUUUCAGUUUCUUAGAGCACAAAUAUACAACAGAGAAGCACCAUUUCUGCCUCAAGACGCACGUAAAGAGGUGUAGAUGUAGAUGCUCUCCAUGUUUAGAUGGAGCCCUCAGGCACCCCAGAGUCCAUCACCAUUUAUUAUGAUUAUCAGAGCCUUCUAUGUGAGACCAAGUCCUUCACCUUUGCCACCUUCAGCACCACCAUCUUGUACUUCCUGGUGUUCCUUCUCAGCCUGGUGGGCAACAGCCUGGUGUUGUGGGUCCUGGUGAAGUAUGAGAGCCUGGAAUCCCUCACCAAUGUCUUCAUCCUCAACCUGUGCCUCUCAGACCUGGUGUUCUCCUGCUUGUUACCAGUGUGGGCCAUGGGGUACCACUGGGGCUGGGUGCUGGGGGACUUCCUCUGCAAGCUCCUCAACAUGAUCUUCUCCAUCAGCCUCUACAGCAGCAUCUUCUUCCUGACCAUCAUGACUAUCCACCGCUACAUAUCAGUAGUGAGACCCCUCUCAUCCCUGCGCGUCCACACCCUCCAGUGCCGUGUGCUGAUGACCACAUCUGUGUGGGCAACCAGCAUCCUGUCCUCCAUCCCUGAUGCCAUCUUCCACAAGGUGUUUCCCGAAGGCUGUCACUACUCAGAAAACAAGUGGUUCCUCACCUCGGUCUACCAGCACAACAUCUUCUUCCUGCUAUCCAUCGGCAUUAUCCUGUUCUGCUACGUGGAGAUUCUCAGGACCCUAUUCCGCUCAAGAUCCAAACGGCGCCCCCGGACAGUCAGGCUCAUCUUCACCAUCGUGGUGGCCUACUUCCUCAGCUGGGCUCCCUACAACCUGGUCCUGUUUCUACAGACACUGCUGAAACUCGGGGUCAUCCAGAGCUGUGAGCUCAGCCAGCAGAUAGAUUAUGCCCUGCUCAUCUGCCGCAAUGUUGCCUUUUCCCACUGCUGCUUCAACCCAGUGCUCUACGUUUUUGUCGGGGUCAAGUUCCGCAGGCAUCUCAAAAGUCUGCUCCAGCACUUCUGGCUCUGCCAGCAGCAGGCACCCAGCACUCCCCCUCACUCCGCAGGUGCCUUCAACUACGAGGGUGCCUCCUUCUAUUGAAAAGGAGUUUGGUGGUGCCAAUGGAGGUGGACAGAGCUGCUAGAGUGGGAGCAGGAAGAAGCAUCAUGGAGGGCACGCUGGGGAAUGCCAUGGCCAUGGCGAUGGGGUGAGAGAAAUAGCUUCCACCUGCAGAGGUUUCAUGUCCCCUCUCCUGCAGACAGUGGCUCCCACCUGGAAACUUUAGAUCACCAUCCAGAAAAACACUUCUUGGAUUCUGAGUUCACCAUCCAUUCCUUCAUGAAUUCAUUCAUUCGGACAUUGCUUAGUCCAGAAGACUUCCAAAACUUGGAAGGAUUCCCAGAAAGGAGGGUCCUUCAAGACUUUAUGAGGUCUGAGACUCAAUGUGUGUGCUAAUUGUACAAAUGCAGGCUGCUGGCAGAUGAUCUGUCCCCUGCUCCACUGCAGGGUUGUGCCAGCUGACUUUGGAGGGAUUGGCUCUGCACUCCUCAGUGACUGCUGGAUGAGACUAUUCUGCAAGGCCAAGAUAAACACAUCCUCAAAUAACAAGUCAGGACGCAAUCAGGAUUCUGAAAAUCCACAAUUAGAUGGGAGACAUGUCCCAUAUCAUAGCUCCAGUGUCUGCCACAUGAACUGGCACCUGCAUAUUCAGUCUAUAAAUCUUUUGUGGAAAGAAUGAAUGCAAUAAGUGCCACCUUCCACAUGAAGCAUUUAUCUGCAAGACAUAAAGAUAAUGAGAUACUGUUGUAAUCCUCCAGGUACCAACAGUCCACCUCUGAAGGUCCAGAUAAAGAAGUACCCGCCUUGGCUAAGGCAUCCAGGGUAAAGAGUCCUCUAACAUCUUAUCCUCUCUAGUUGGAUAUUGAGCUGAUGCUUUAGCUUCAUCACUGUCCACCUAAAAUGUUCUCCACCUGCUUGGUUGAUGGCACCAGCUUCCUCCAGCCACUAAUGCUCCAAACCUGGGUCAUCCCUGAGUCCUCCAUUUCCCUUCCCUCUACUCCCACAGCCCAGUCCUGUGGACUCUGCCUUCUCCAAGGCCCUCAGAGAUAUCCUUGCCUGUGUUCAUCACAUGCCUGUGGUUCCAUCCCCAAUGGCCUUACUUCCUCAGCAUCGUCCUACUGUUCAUCUCUUUUACCACCUAAAUGGCCAGUUCCUCAGGAAGCCCUCCUCUAUCUGUAAAUCAGAAGAGCACUCUCUGGGGUGCUGUGGCACUCUACUUGUCCCCUAUAAAAUAGCAUUUGUCACUCUCCACCAUGUGUCAUAGUUACACUUGUACAUGUCUUAUCAUCCUGCCCCAUUGGACUGCAAACUGUCUGAGGGCAGGAACCUGGUCUUUCUUGCACUCUGCCAAGCACUGGCCCUGGUGUUCUAUCACUAUAUAUUGCAUGGGAGCGAAUAAUGACAAUUGUUAUUAUUCUUCUAAUUUAUGCAUUUUGGAGACCCGUGCCUAGGGAAUACAGUCUACCUUUCCUGCCCCAGGCUGCUAGUUUAUAGAUAUUUAUCUUUCUUCUUUAGUCUAUACCCUCAGAGCACCUUGUUUAUCCCUCUCAGUGGAAAUAGCUAUACUUGACCUUGCUUUUUAGUUAGUGGUACACAUGCCUGCCUCUUACACUGUCCCAUAGUGUCACAUCCAAGGACAUAGAUAAAACUCACCUUCUAAACUUUCCCAUAUCACACAGACCUGGUCCCAAUCUGACUUAGCUCUGGAGUGGAGCCUUUGGAAAAUCUCCCCAGGUGAUUCUGACCUGCAUUCCACUUAGAUAUAUUUGGCUAUAGGUCCUUGAAAAUGAGAAUUCCAAAGUCUUCCAUAGGUCCUUGAGCAGGGCUUUACACAGAGUAGGCACUCAAUAUAUGCUUACCAAAUAAAGUAGCUACUAUUACAGCCCUCAGCUAGAGCCUAGAGAGCACAAAAGCAUCCACUCCUUCAGCUCCAGCUUCAAUUAUGCAUUUGCAUUUGGGUGGCCAGCCUUGGAGGCAUUUUACUUGGCUGGGAAAGACAGAGGUCUAGUUUUAAGAAUUAGGCCAGUAGCACUUGCUGGAGAGAACUAGGUGGUAACCAACAAAGGGAUAGAGCUCUUAUGGACUUGCCAACUAAUAGCUGGGGACAUCACUUACCACAGAUAGAAAACAGCAAAAGGAAGGAGAUGUGAGGUAGUAAUGGGCUCAGAGCUAAGCCCAUAGGCUUCCGAUUGGGGUAAUCAUUCAGUGCCCCUUUCAAACUAAUAUUAUUAAAACUCCAUUCAAUGUUCAUUCAGAAGGUGGGAUGAGCCCAGGGAUGAGAAGAGCAGAAGACUCUUGCUCACACCCUCCAAAACCAAAGCAGUGUAGCCUUAAUCCCACUCUUCCUAGAAGGCAGGUUUGGAGGUCUUACAUCACUACAGAGUAUGCCUUUUGAGAGGUGUGCUUCAUUAGCUCCUCAUUCCAACCCAUACCUUCACAUCCAAAGAUGCUUAUCUAAGUAUUUCUUUCAACACAUUUACCCAUACCCCCAAGAGCAUAUCACUAAACACAAGUGUAUCCAUCUUCUUAAAUUUCUAGUGAUGUUUUGUCAUUCCCUAGAGUAGAGAGUAGAGCAUCUUCUCCCAGUCUAGUUCCUUGGGAAGACAAGGGAAGAGGCACAGAGAAGGAAAUGUAUGAAUGGGAUGACAGAGGAGCAUUUAUCAGAGAGGGAACUGUGGGUAAGACUCCUGAAAAAAGCAGCCAGAAAGCUACAGGCUAGUGGCUACUCCCUAUAUACCUUGACCACACCCUCCAUUGGCCACAACCUCUUGCCUUCCCCUCUCUCCACCCACAGAACCAUGAUUCAACCUCAGCUAGUCUCUUGUGGACCUGUCCCUCCCCUCUAGUCAAUAAAAGGUGACCCGACCACAGGGCUACCGACCUCCUGCUGCUUCUGCCGCUCAUCUCAUUAAAAAACCACAGUGAUUCCUAGGGAAGAUGUCUUCACAGCAUUGCUACCUCCCUUUACUCGGACAAAAUCAGGAAAGGAGGAACUUUGCUCGUCUCUGAAUAGGAACUCUAAGCUCAGGGCAGCCCCAGACCUCAAAUGACCCCAGCCAGAGUAGAAGUUCCUCAAGGGCACAAGUCUCAUAUUGUAGCUCAAGAGUCUCCUUCUGUGCCCAGCAAUGUUUGUGGUUGGUUGAGUCAGUAGAUAGGAGACCAUCUUUUUGGCUUUUAUCUACUUCCAUUUUUUCUUUCCACAUUUGCUUACAUUAUAUCUUCCACCAGGUAGAACAGUGGGGACUGUGGGCCCCAGUGUGGACGGGGCCUGGGCCCGGGCCCUUCGGAGUUCUCCAAAGCUCAAAGCACCCAACUGUAUCCCCGCCCCAUCCUGUGUCUUCACUGCGGCCUAAUAGGGCUCAUUCCCAAAUUUUCUCCAUCUCCUUCCUGUGUCAUCACUAGGACAGCCCCACUGUCCCUCAGGGACUCCAGUGGGGACCCAGUCAACUUUUACCACCUAAUGGCUUCCCAUGAACUCUUCCCUAGGGCCCAUCAGCCCAGACAUUGCCCAAUUGCUGAACUCCUGACAGCUUUCAUUUGUGGAACCUACAUGUGACAGGACAAAGAGGCCCACACGUCUAGAAAAGCACAGCAGAAUAGAUCCCAAAGUAGACUAUCUGAGAAGGCUCUCAGGACCUGAGCCCUAGACCCAAACCCCAAAACUCCUUUACUGACUCACUAUGAUCUUGGGCCUCUCAGACCCUCAGUAUCCUCAUCUGUAAAGCUAUAUAAAUGCCAAUGAUGCAAAGACAGACUCUACCCACACUAUGGAGAUGCACAUGAGGUCACAUGCAUAAAAGUACUUGCUUUGCCAAUGAUUCAGCCCCAAAUAGGAAUUACUACUGUAAUCAUCUCAUAAAGACAGAAAGCAUCAUCGUAUCAUAUGCACAAAUUAAAAAUUAGCAUGUAUGGAUGCA